AUGGAUCUCGACCUGGAUGCGCCGAAGUCGAAACUAAAGAACAAGAACAAAGUGACCAAAUUUCCGGUGGCGCGAAUCAAGCGCAUUAUGCAGAAGGACGAGGAAGUAGGCAAAGUUGCGCAAGCCACGCCCAUUGUCAUUUGUAACUCCUUAAACCCCCUUCUGCCCGGACGGCCGAAAGCCCUCGAACUCUUCCUCGCGCUCAUCGUCGAAGAGGCGCACAAAGUGACCGCUGAGCGGGGAUCGAAGAAGGUCGAAGCGUACCACCUGAAACAUGCCGUCGAGCGCACCGACAUGCUCGACUUCCUGAAAGAGAUUGUCGAGUCCGUGCCGGACCCCUCCGCCGGCGGCACCGUCGACGUCGACGCCGAAAACGGGCGCGGUGAAGGUGGCAAGAAGAAGCGCGGCAAGGCGAAGGCGAAGGACGAGGAGGGCGAGGGCGCGCCCAAGAAGCGCCGCAGGAGAAAGCCCAAGCAGGAGAAAGAACAGGAGGAAGAACACGCUGGUGCUGGGAUGGAGGCCGAGGCGGAAGAGGGGGUGAAUGACGAGGCGGAGUACGAGCGGGAGAAGGAGGAACCUGCGGAUGAUGGAUGGGGUGAUGAGGAUAAGCCGUACAUGCCCCGAUGA